CUGCUUUCUCUCAUUUUGACCGUCAACCAUUCAUGUUGUUGGACUAUUGCUGUCGUUGCUGUGGAGUCACACUCAUAAAACGCCAUGGACCCUUCUCCCUCAAGACUACUCCCAGUGAUACCUGGGUUAUUCUGCAAAAUCUGCUGAUGUGCAUGGUGUGCUUCUACUCCCUCUACUACAUCGUGGUCAGUCUUUGCAUUGGACUCUUCAGAGUUCAUGAGAUAAACAGCUUAUUAACUCCAUUUGACUAUACAACACAACCAUCAUGGCAGAACCCCAAAUAUCUAGUCGGGGUCAUUUCCACAGAAGUGACGUAUGUUCUGGGGGGGUUGGUGUUUGCUUGGAUUGUAGAGGAGUGGGUCUGGGAUUAUGCCAUAACUGUCACACUGUUGCACAUUGGCAUGACUGUAGCAGUGAUGUCAGAUUUUCCCUCAGCUGAACACUGGUGGAUCGCUUUGGGUUCAGGCCUGGUCAUGAUGAUAUUCGGUGGACAGCUCCUGGCCUACAAACUCUUCAGGAACAACUUUGUCUAUCCUGCUGAUCUACAGAACUUCUAAUAAAAACCAUGGAAAGCUUUUAACUGGCUUAUUGGGUUAUCCCAGGAUGGAAGAGUGCCAGUCAACUCGCUUUGUGGUUCACUGUUUGAUUCAUGUUUGCAAUAGUGUGAGGAAAUAAAGCAUGUCUUUUAAGAAUAAAAAAAUUACAUGUAUCUCAUAUCAAGGUUUAGGGAGUAGUCUGUUCUAAGCAGUAAAAAUCGCUUCUCUUUGUCUGUUGAACAACAUUUUCACUAAUUAGUAGUGUUAUAUAUUAGGAGUUUAUUUUCAAACAUAUAUAAGCACUUUGAUUGGUGAGA